GUCCACUCGGGCCUCAACAAGUCCAUCAAAUCUUCACUCCGAACUAGCGUUUCCGUUUGGUCGUUGGGCAUGUCCCAGCUCGUCCCGACGGUGUACACCGAGUCUACGACAUGGACUCGGGACUCUCACGAUUUGUUCGAUUACGAAAGUCAACAUGUCGUUCGCAGAGACUUCGCUUUAAACCAAACGGUCAGAUUCGUGCGGAGCAAUG